AUGGCUCAUAUUGCCAAGUGCAUCGUCGAUAUCGACACCACCUAUAUAACCAAGCAGUCUUCGCAGUCGCCCAACGAUUCGAAAUUGUCACCAUUACCUCCACAGGAGAAACCAUUUACUUGGAGAAUGCAACAACCUGAUCCGUCGAAGAAGUAUCAACUUUUUCCAAAGGAGAGGAAAUUGCCCGUCCUCAACAGCAGUAAAGCGGUAGACCCAGACAAGACAACCAUGGGACCUUCAACUACAGGAAGUGAUAAGACAGACAACCAGCAGACAACACUCAAUGGCUUGAAGAAGCGGUUGAAUCAACACAGCCUGGCUCGACGACGCAAAAUUAGUGUGCCUGAGGUUGGACCUAUGACAACCGUUCAGGAGCUUUCAAUGGACUCUCCAACAAUUCCUGGUCGCCCACCUUUCCACGAGCGCUCCAUUAGUGCACCUGGCCAUUCGUCCAGAAACUAUCAUCUUACCGACACCUUUCUUUUUGCGUCGAGCGAUGACGAGGGCCCCGACCCUCAGGCUUCGAUGAAGGGUGAGACCGAGGCGGACUCCAGAGGUGCAACUCCAACUUCACCAAGACACCUGGCCCCUUUGGUCAUCCCUAGACGAGGAGGACAGUCGCCAUUACUCCGUCGCCAACAGUCGUUGAACUGCUUCCCUGUAAAGAACGAGCCUCUUCGAAGGGGUCGCACCAGCGAGUCAUCUCCCCAAAGUUGCACCUCUUUCACACCCAACUCUUCCAUGCCCGAUCUUACAACACCAAAGUCUGCAUCAACAGGCUCAACUACUCCCAUCCCAGUGUCUGCACCACUCAUGGAGCCUCAAGCUGAAUCUCCUCAGCUUUCUGAUGGACGUUAUACCCCUCCCGUUGAUUCAAUUCGGGUAGGGCAUCGAAGAGGUGGCUCAGAAUCUUCAGUGAUGGACAGAGGUCGUCCUAGGAAGAGGCGUGAUCAGCGCACCAACAACGGACCGAUCAUCCAGAGGACAGAAUCGAAGAAUAGGAUUACUUCAGAACAAAAGGCCUUUGAGAACCUCCCAGUUGGUGUGAAGCAUACAGAGGCUUUAGAGAAAAUCGAAAUGCCAGAACUUGUGUUGCUUCAAAAGCAAGCUUACGAACAGGUCGGGCGCUUCGAGGUUCUAAGGGCCGAAGAUGUUGAGGCGCUCUCAAAAGAACUCCGCCAUUUGGAUGAGAAGACCGAGUACCUUCGCCGCACUUACACUGCCCUUCGCUCAGGUCGCAAAAAUCUCCACUCCCGCAUUUGCCAGUACUUGCGUUCGCCUCGCGUGGCCAAGUUCAGCAACGAGUCUAUGCUGAAGCAGGAAGAGGCACUUACCGAGCUGGAUGCCUCGAUUGACGACUGGGUGAACAAGCUGGAGCAGGCUGAGAACAGACGUACUCGUGUUCGCCAGAAGUUGCUUGAGCACGUUGCUGCAGCUGCUUGUCUCCCUCUUGGCGGACCAAGCAUGACACGUGAGCCUGUAGUGAGUGGCCCAUCCUCAUCUGGCAUUGGCAAUAUCUCAACCCCCCCUCGGAGCCCUUCGAAAGAGACCGCUAUCUCACCUCGUACUGCCACUUCACCUUCUCCCCAACGUGUUGUGGCUCAAGUACCCAGCACCAUCCUGGAACAGCCUGUGAUCGAAGAAGAGGCUACGAAACAAAGCGAUGAACGCGUGACCAGCACCGGAUCUCUAAAUCGCUCUGAUGUGGAGAGCAUUCGUAUCUAUGCUGGCGACGAUGUUUACGCUCUAUUAGCCGAUGUUGAGGAUGAAAUUACCAAAAUGGGCAAGCAGCCGGUAUAUGAGCCUAAGCCCCCAAACAACCUGAUUGAAACAAAACGCAUUGAACUUCACCGUCAGAGAAGCCACGAGCUACUCAACGGGCUUUCCGGAGAAGCACACGCCAUGAAGAAACGGGACUUUUCUGAAUGCCGUGCCAUUUCUCCUCUCGCAUCUCCACCAACCUCAUCUGCUACCAAACAAAACGAACAGACGGAAGAUGACCUACCUCUACUGACGAAUGUUGUCUAUCGCCCCUGA